UCAUCAGAAAAUCCAAAACAGCAGCUAUUUAAAGACCAAACCAGUCCUACAGCAAACCACUUCACUUACUUCUCAAACUCAAUCUCUUCAACUGAAAAAACGAAACUCUUCUUCAUCUUCAUUUCACACAACUCAAACAUGAUAGCUUACCUUGAACACUUCGUUCAUGGAAACGACACAGAAUCACCACCAAACGACGACGUUUCAUCUCUCCAAUCUUCUUUCCAUUUCGCCCCAAAUUCCAUCGCUAGUAAAGACUUCGGCGGCAUGAAAUCCUCCACUCCCCUCGCCGUACUCCGCCCUUACACCACCGCUGAUGUUGUAAAAGCCGUUAAAGCAGCAGCAACCACCACAAAUUUAACAGUGGCGGCGCGUGGUAACGGUCACUCCAUCAACGGCCAAGCCAUGGCGGAGAAAGGACUCGUCCUCGACAUGCGAGCCACGGCGGCGGAGCCUUUUCAACUUCUCUACGUCGACGGCGUUCCACACGUCGACGUUUCCGGUGGGGCAUUAUGGGAAGAAGUGUUGAAACGCUGCGUUUCGAAUUUUCAGCUUGUUCCGAGGUCGUGGACGGAUUAUCUUGGGUUGACGGUUGGUGGAACGUUAUCUAACGCCGGUGUUAGUGGUCAGACUUUCCGUUAUGGUCCUCAAACGGCAAACGUAACGGAAUUGGAAGUUGUUACUGGUAAAGGUGAUAGUUUUGUUUGUAAUGAUAAUCAAAAUUCUGAUCUUUUUUUUGCUUCACUUGGUGGUCUUGGUCAGUUUGGUGUCAUCACUAGAGCCAGAAUCGUUCUUCAACAAGCGCCCGAUAUGGUGAGGUGGAUAAGGGUAAUUUACUCGGAAUUUGAGGACUAUACUAGAGAUGCAGAGUGGCUGGUGACUCUACCAGAAGGUGACGGUUUUGAUUACGUGGAAGGGUUCGUUGUGGCUAACAAUGAUGACCCAUGUAAUGGUUGGCCCACAAUUCCGAUGGGUUCGAACCAAAUUUUCAACCCGGUUUGUCUUCCUUCUUCAGCUGGACCGGUUCUCUAUUGCUUAGAGCUUGCUCUUCAUUAUCGAAAAACCGCUCGAUCUUCUGAAGUUAAUACGAAAGUGGAUAGAUUGCUUGGAGGGUUGAGAUUUGUUGAGGGAAUAAAAUUUGAGGAUGAUGUGAAGUACAUGGAUUUUUUGCUACGUGUAAAGCGUGUGGAAGAGGAUGCUAAAGCCAAAGGUAUAUGGGAUGCACCUCACCCAUGGUUGAACAUGUUUGUGUCCAAGUCCGACAUUGCUGAUUUUGAUCGUGAAGUGUUCAAGAAAAUCCUCAAACAUGGGGUUGGUGGUCCCAUUCUAGUGUAUCCACUAUUACGAAGCAAGUGGGAUGAUAGACACUCGGUAGUGGUGCCAGACAGCAACAUUUUCUACAUAAUAGCAUUACUCCGAUUUAUUCCACCACCACCUAAGGGACCACCUACUGAUAAAUUGGUGGCACAAAACAAUGCAAUUAUUCAAUUGUGCUACAACAAGGGAUUUAAUUUCAAGUUAUAUCUUCCUCACUACACGUCUCAGGAGAAUUGGAUGCGACACUUUGGGGAUAGGUGGACUAGAUUUGUCCAGAGAAAACAAAAUUUUGAUCCAAUGGCUAUUCUUGCACCUGGACAAAAAAUAUUUUCAAGAAACCAACUUAAAUAAUAUUAAUUAGAUUAUUAGUUUUAUUAGCUAGAUAGAUUGUUUCUCAAUUAACCUUGUAAUUUUGUUUUGAUAUUUUUUUUUCCUUAUUGAUCUUGUUGUUUCUUUCCCCAACCAAUUACUACAAUGGUUCAUCCAUAUUGUAAAUCAAUAUUUUUGGGGGUAAAUCAAUGUGAAAUCUUAAUCCUUUGCGUAUCCUA